AUGUGUGAAGCAGCGUACGAUAACUAUACAGAAAAUCCUGAAGCGUUUAUGAAAUUUUUAGAGGAAUCAGAGAAGCCAUUGUACAAGGGAUGCGAACGUUACACAAAGUUGAGUGCACUUGUUAAACUGAAGCAAUAUGAAAACUGCGUAAAUUGCCCUAGAUGUGGCUUGUCACGGUGGAAGCUAACCAAAAACAAGGUUGAGAAGAAAGGUGUUCCUGCUAAGGUGGUUUGGUAUUUCCCUCCCAUUCCAAGAUUUAAGCGCAUGUUUAAAUAUUUAGAGACCUUGAGAAAUUUAACAUGGCAUGCAGAUUCUACAAGAGUUGUUGGUCAGUUACGUCAUCCAGUUGAUUCACCGUCAUGGAAGUUGGUGGAUCAUAUGUGGCCUGAAUUUGAAAGUGAGCCAAGAAAUCUUCGCCUAGCACUUGCAGCUGAUGGCAUUAAUCCUCAUAGCAACCUUAGCAGUCGGUACAGCUUCUAUGAUGCUUAUCGAAGGAAGUUCUUCACUCUUAAAGCAGUCUUAUUAUGGACCAUCAAUGACUUUCCUGCCUAUGGUAACUUUAGUGGAUGUACUACACAUGGUUAUUAUGCAUGUCCAGUAUGCGGAGAAGAUACUUAUGCAAAACACUUGGAAAAUGGGAAGAAAAUGUCAUUUGCUGUCCAUAGAAGAUUCCUAUCACGGUUUCAUCCCUAUCGUAGGCAAAUGAAGGAGUUUAAUGGCAUGGAGGAACUUGGAGAAGCAGCUAGACCAUUAUCUGGGAUUAAGUUGUUUGACAAACUUUCUGACAUAAGGUGUGAGUUUGGAAAGAAGAUAAGUGUGAAAGGGAAAAUAAAGAAUGCAAAGGCUAAUAAGUUGGAAGUCAAUAUAGAAGAAAAAGAUUUAGGAGCAAUAAAUUUCAGAAAAUGUUGGAAGAAUAAAUCAAUAUUUUUUAAUAUUCCUUACUGGAAACACCUGCAUGUAAGGCAUUGUCUUGAUGUUAUGCAUAUUGAGAAAGGAAAAACCAAGGAUAAUGUGGCAGCUAGGUUGGACAUGGUUGAGAUGGGAAUUAGGCCUGAAUUAACACCUAUAGUUGGGGAGAAGAGAACAUAUCUUCCUCUUGCUGCGUGCUCAUUCACAAAAAAAGAAAAGUUGCAAGUGUGCAAGUCAUUAAAGGAUAUAAAAGUUCCAGAAGGUUUCUCUUCGAACAUGAAUAAUAUUGUGUGCAUGGAUCAGUUGAAGUUGACUUGCUUGAAAUCCCAUGAUUGUCAUGUAUUAAUGCAGCAUUUCUUGCCAAUAGUCAUACGUGAUGUACUGCCAAAACAUGUUAAAUAUGCCAUCAUAAGAUUAUGCUUCUUCUUCAAAGAUAUUUGUUGCAAAGUUAUAGAUGUAGCCAAGUUAGAUAAGCUGCAAUCUGACUUGGUUGUUACACUCUGCUUAUUGGAGCAAUAUUUUCCCCCAUCUUUCUUCGAUAUCAUGCAUCACUAA